GAUGGGAGGAGUCAUGUGGCCGCGUGAAGAUGGCGGGCGUGAAGGACCGGGACGCGAUGCUGAGGGUCAACUUCCUGUAUCAGGCAGCCCAUUGCGUUCUGGCUGGUAACCCAGACAACUCACCCCUGGUCCGGUUCUACUGCCACACCCAGCGCUCCGUCUGCAAGCGGCUCGUCCUCCGGCAAGACCCGUCAGUCAAGCGGACAGUGUGCAAGCGAUGUUCCUCGCUCCUGGUGCCCGGUAUCUCCGCCAAGAUUCGCCAGAGAAGACGGAGCCAGCGUUUCACCGUGCUCAGCUGCCUGCAUUGUGGCAUGAGUAGGAGGUUCCAGAAUCGGCUUGACUACCUUCUGUGGACAGAACGGCCCGAGGCGCUUCUGACUGCCCAAAAACAAAGCUGUGUCGAAACAACAUCCGAGACAAGCGGGGCUGCAUCGACUGGGCAGAGCUGACUCAACUCCGAUACAGAAACCUAGAGUAAUGAGUGAGCAUUAUUAUAAACAGUGACCCUGUACAGUUACACAAUGACCCUCACCCUGAAUUAACAGUGAUUCUGUACAGUUACAUUGACCCUCACCCUGAAUAAACAGUGACUGUACAGUUUCAUUGACCCUCACCCUGAAUAAACAGUGACUCUGUACAGUUACACAGUGACCCUCACCCUGAAUAAACAGUGACUCUGUACAGUUACAGUAACACUCACCCUGAAUAAACAGUGACUCUGUACAGUUACACUGUGGCCCUCACCCUGAAUAAACAGUGACUCUGUACAGAUACACAGUAACACUCACCCUGAAUAAACAGUGACUCUGUACAGUUACACUGUGGCCCUCACCCUGAAUAAACAGUGACUCUGUACAGUUACACAGUGACACUCACCCUGAAUAAACAGUGACUCUGUACAGUUUCAUUGACUCUCACCCUGAAUAAACAUUGACUCUGUACAGUCAGUGACCCUCACACUGAAUAAACAGUGACUCUGUACAGUUACACAGUGACACUCACCCUGAAUAAACAGUGACUCUGUACAGUUACACUGUGGCCCUCACCCUGAAUAAACAGUGACUCUGUACAGUUACAGUGACCCUCACCCUGAAUAAACAGUGACUCUGUACAGUUACAGUGACCCUCACCCAGAAUAAACAGUGACUCUGUACAGUUACACAGUGACCCUCACCCUGAAUAAACAGUGACUCUGUACAGUUACAGUGGCCCUCACCCUGAAUAAACAGUGACUCUGUACAGUUACAGUGACCCUCACCCUGAAUAAACAGUGACUCUGUACAGUUACAGUGACCCUCACCCUGAAUAAACAGUGACUGUACAGUUACACAGUGACCCUCACUCUGAAUAAACAGUGACUCUGUACAGUUACAGUAACCCUCACACUGAAUAAACAGUGACUCUGUACAGUUACAGUAACCCUCACACUGAAUAAACAGUGACUCUGUACAGAUACACCGUGACCCUCACCCUGAAUAAACAGUGACUCUGUACAGUUACAGUGACCCUCACCCUGAAUAAACAGUGACUCUGUACAGUUAGUGACCCUCACCCUGAAUAAACAGUGACUCUAUACAGUUACACAGUGACCCUCACCCUGAAUAAACAGUGACUGUACAGUUACAGUGGCCCUCACCCUGAAUAAACAGUGACUCUGUACAGUUUCAUUGACCCUCACCCUGAAUAAACAGUGACUGUACAGUUACAGUGACCCUCACCCUGAAUAAACAGUGACUCUGUACAGUUAGUGACCCUCACCCUGAAUAAACAGUGACUCUAUACAGUUACACAGUGACCCUCACCCUGAAUAAACAGUGACUGUACAGAUACACUGUGACCCUCACCCUGAAUAAACAGUGACUGUACAGAUACAGUCUCCCUCAACUUGAAUGGGGGAGAGAGACUUUCUGUAGAAUAUGUAAUGGGGGUGAGUCUCACUCUGUCCGGGGGUAAUGGGGCGAGACCCACUGUAAUGUAGAAGAGACUGCCUCUGUGAAACGUAUGAUGGUUGAGAGACUCUCUCUGUAACAGAAUCAGAACCAAGUGUACUAUCACCGGCAUGUGACGUGAAAUUUGUUAACUUAGCAGCAGCAGUUCAAUGCAAUAGAUGACGUAGCAGAGAGACAGAAAAAAUAUUAAAUAAAAUGAAAGGUAACAAUAAAUAAAGAAAUAAAUCAUUUACGUAUAUUGAAUGGAUUUAAAAAAUGUACAACCAGAAAUACUGUAUAUUAUAAAAAGUGAGGUUGUGUCCAAAGCUUCAAUGUCUAUUUAGGAGUCGGAUAGCAGAGGGGAGGAAGCUGAUCCUGAAUCACUGAGUGUGUGCCUUCAGGCUUCUGUAUCUCCUACCUGAUGGUAACAGUGAGAAAAGGGCAUGCCCUGGGUGCUGGACGUCCUUAUUAUUGGAUGUUGCCUUUCUGAGACACCACUCCCUAAGGAUGUCAUGGGUAUUUAGGCUAGAGCCAAAGAUGGAGCUGACUAGAUUUACAACCUUCUGCAGCUUCUUUCAGUCUUGUGCAGAAGCCCCUCCACACCAGACAGUGAUGCAGCCUGUCAGAAUGCUCUCCAUUGUACAACUAUAUAAGUUUUUGAGUCUGUUUGUUGACAUGCCAAAUCUCUUCAAACUCCUAAUAAAGUAUGGCCGUUGUCUUGCC